UAGUAAUCAAUUAGUAUAUAACCGUUCCUAGGAAGACUCAAAAAUUGCACCAGACAAGAUUGGACUUGGUUAGGGACACAACACAACACAACCAUCUCCAUGGCUUCCUCGCCUUGUUUUGCACCUAUUGUAUUUCUAUUGCUCAUUGUUGGGUGCACUGCAAGGCCUCUCUAUCCGCUUCCCAGCAAAGGUGGUGAUGGAAGUAAACAACCUCUACAAACUUUUCGCCCAUAUAACAUUGCACAUCGGGGUUCAAAUGGAGAGAUUCCUGAAGAAACUCGUCCAGCAUACAUGAGAGCUAUUGAAGAAGGUGCAGACUUCAUUGAAACUGAUAUCUUAUCUUCCAAAGAUGGUGUUCUUAUAUGUUUCCAUGAUGUUAACCUCGAUGAUAUUACUGACAUUGCAAAGCACAAAGAGUUUGCUAAUCGUAAAAGAACAUAUGAAGUCGAAGGGGACACCAUCACUGGCUUUUUUACUGUUGAUUUCACAUUAGAGGAAUUAAAGUCAUUGAGGGUGAAUCAGAGGUAUAAAUUCAGGGAUCAACAGUUUAAUGGAAAAUUUCAAAUCAUCACUUUCGAAGAGUACAUUUCCAUUGCACUGGAUGCACCCAGAGUUGUUGGAAUAUAUCCAGAGAUAAAGAGUCCAGUAUUUAUUAAUCAGCAUGUGAAAUGGUCAGACGGAAAGAGAUUUGAGGACAAGUUUGUGGAGAUACUUCAGAAAUAUGGAUACAAGGGUUCCUACCUGUCAAAAGAUUGGUUAAAACAACCUGCAUUUAUUCAGUCAUUUGCUCCAACUUCACUUGUGCAUAUAGCAAAUCAAACAGACUUGCCCAAGAUUUUCUUAAUUGAUGAUAUUACUGUUCCAACACAAGACACUAAUCAGUCAUAUUGGGAAAUCACAUCUGAUAAAUACCUAGACUACAUUAAGCAAUAUGUUGUGGGAAUUGGACCUUGGAAGGACACGGUGGUACCUGUGGUAAAUAAUUAUAUCAAAACUCCUACUGAUCUUGUUGCCAGGGCACAUGCUCAUAACCUGCAGGUGCAUCCAUAUACUUACCGAAAUGAGAACUCGUACUUGCACUUCAACUUCAGUCAAGAUCCGUAUAUAGAGUAUGAUUACUGGAUCAACAAGAUAGGAGUUGAUGGUCUGUUUACAGACUUCACAGGUAGUCUUCAUAAUUUUCAGGAAUGGACCUCCCAUAACCAUCAAGAUGACAAGACUGCAUCCCAGCUAUUGCAUAAAAUUGCUUUGUUGGUCUCAUCUUAUAAAAGAUAAUGAGAAGUCAGAUGGUCUGAGUAAGUGUGUACUUGGAUUAUAGCUAAUUUUAGAAAUGCUUAUAUCAGCAUAUUCAAGAGUCAAGACAGCUUUUGACUGAAGAGCUGUUUUGUCUACAUAUUAAGCAAAACCAAAAAAACACUAUUCUUAGUGAGACAAUACCAGCAUUGUAAGCUGUAUGGGGAUUUUUGUUCCCCCAACAAAUAAGGUUUAUUUUUUCAGGUAAUGAAUAAAGAAUUAUAGAGU